AUGAAGUCGACGUUCAACCCCCUCCUCUUCGCCCUUGUGGCCAUCCUCUCGCUCCUCACACUUUCCGCCUCCGCCCAAUCAACCUGCUCCGCAGCCUCGAAAUGUGGCCAAGCCGCCCCAUGCUGUUCAUCCUACGGCUUCUGCGGCAGCUCGAACGCUCAUUGUCUUGGCACCUGCGAUCCCACCUCUUCCUUCUCUCCCAACUCGUGCAAGCCGAUGCCCAAAUGCAAAUCACAAACCAUCUCGUUCGAGAACAACGCCAAACCAUGGGUCGCUGCCUCUGCCUACCGAGGUGACCCGAACCAGGCUCCCUUUACGCUCGACCAAGGUGUUGCUGAACCGUCGAAAACCGGAACCAAGAUGAUCCUCACCAAGAACGGAGAUGCCCAGAAGGGCACCCUGCUCAGUUCCACACGAUACUGGUACUACGGAACCGCAAGCGCCGUCAUGAAGCACGGAAGCUGGGCCGGCGUCGUCAACACUUUCAUCGGCAUGAGCUCCACCAAGGACGAGAUCGAUUUCGAGUAUACAACCGCAUCCGAUCAAGACGUCGAAACCAACUGGUACUGGAAAGGAGAUCCCGAAGGCUACACACAUGGAUUCAGCGUCCCCAACACCACCCUCAACUCCAUCUCAGCGCCUCGAUUCAGCGUCCGAGACUGGCACACCUACACCAUCGAUUGGUCCCCCAACAGACUCCGAUGGUCCAUCGAUGGGACGGUUGUUCGCACCCUCUACCGUAAGAAUCAGUUCCACAAAAAGGACGGUCUCUACCACUACCCGAGCUCGCCGAUGAGGUUGCAGUUGAGCAUCUGGGGUGCGGGAGACGGCACUUUCCAGAAAGGUACUGUCGACUGGGCUGGAGGACUGAUCGAUUGGAACCAGGCGACGAAUGGCAGAUUCGUGAAUAUGGUCAAGAGCGUCAGCAUCACUUGCGCCGAUCCGGAUGACGUUAAAGGGACCAAGCCGAACUACGCAUUCAGCUCGACGCAGAUGAACACGCAGAACGGUCAGCCAAAGGUGAUCGCAAGUAGUAAGAGCUCCAUCAUCUCGUAG